UCUAUCGCACUCUCUUCUUUCUCUCUCUUGGAAAUACACAUCCAUCUGUACAAAAUUCCAAUUCCCAUUCUCCGUUCGGUGUUCUCGCUUUCUAUAAUUCUCUCUCAACCCUCUCUGAAGAACGUACUGCGGUUCCUCCUUACUGGCGUGGGCAGAAAGCAGCGUAUUCCGAUCACCGGUGAUUGAUUGGAUUUUUUUGGUUUUUGGUGGUGGUGGCGGCGUUUUUUUUAGGAAUCGGUUUUGUUUUUAGAUAAUGCAAACAAUAUUAGCAGAUAGAUUGAUGAUUGAAGUACACCGCGAAGAAAGCUAGAAGAUUAGUUUCUGUUCACACUAGUUUUGUUUUUUUCAAGGAUUUAUUACAGAGAAGGAUUCCUAGGAUGGCAUCAAGAUCUUGUGAAAAAUUUUUGGACUUGGCUUCUGGAGAAUUAUCAGAUGUAGUUCAAACUCCUAGAGGUCUCCCAAGGGUGAUGACUAUUCCUGGAGUUAUAUCUGACAGUAAUUUGAGCAGUGAUGUGGAGUCUGAUGGCACAGCAUCUUUUUUCCAGGAGCGGAAAAUCAUCAUUGCAAAUAUGUUGCCCCUGCAUGCCCAGAAGGACUGUGAAGGUUCUAAAUGGGCUUUUAGUUGGGAUGAGGAUUCACUUCUAUUGCAAUUGCAAGAUGGUUUUCCACCUGAGACUGAGUUUCUAUAUGUGGGAUGUCUCAAAGUUGAGAUAGAGGCCAAUGAGCAAGAAGAAGUUGCACAGAGGCUUCUUGAUGAGUUCAAAUGUGUACCAACCUUUCUUCCCUCUGACAUUCAAAAGAAGUUCUAUUAUGGUUUCUGUAAGCAACAACUUUGGCCUCUUUUUCAUUACAUGCUUCCUAUGUGUCCGGACCAUGGAGAUCGCUUUGAUAGACAGCUUUGGCAAGCCUAUGUCUCAGCAAAUAAAAUAUUUGCGGAUAAAAUUAUGGAAGUGGUCAAUCCAGAGGAUGAUUAUAUCUGGGUUCAUGAUUAUCAUCUCAUGGUGCUGCCUACAUUUCUAAGAAAGCGAUAUAAUCGGGUCAAGCUUGGCUUCUUUCUUCACAGUCCAUUCCCUUCAUCUGAGAUAUACAGAACAUUGCCUGUCAGAGAUGAGAUUUUGAAAGGCUUGCUGAAUUGUGAUUUAAUAGGCUUUCAAACUUUUGAUUAUGCACGACAUUUCCUGUCGUGUUGUAGUAGAAUGCUUGGCUUGGACUACGAAUCCAAGAGGGGGCACAUUGGACUAGACUAUUUUGGUCGCACAGUGUAUAUAAAAAUACUCCCAGUUGGAAUUCACAUGGGCAGACUGGAAUCCGUGUUGAAUCUUCAAUAUACAUGCCAAAAAGUAAAAGAGAUACAUGAAGAGUUCAAGGACAAGAAGUUAAUUCUUGGUGUUGAUGACAUGGAUAUAUUUAAAGGCAUCAGUUUGAAGUUACUGGCUUUUGAGCAGCUCUUACAGCAGCAUAGGGAGUUUCAAGGAAAAGCAGUGUUGGUUCAAAUUGUGAAUCCUGCUAGGAGCUCCGGAAAGGAUGUCCAAGAGGUAAAAAGAGAAACAUACGAAACUGUUGAAAGAAUUAAUGAAACUUAUGGUACCCCCGGUUAUGAACCUGUGAUCUUGAUCGAUCGUAAUGCCCCUAGAUAUGAGAAGACUGCCUAUUAUGCAGUUGCAGAAUGCUGCAUAGUUAAUGCUGUGAGGGAUGGUAUGAACUUGGUUCCGUACAAGUAUAUAGUCUGCCGGCAGGGCACACCUACUAUGGAUGAAGCUAUGGGCAUUGAAAAGGAUUCUCCAAGAACCAGCAUGCUUGUGGUGUCGGAGUUCAUUGGGUGUUCUCCUUCUCUGAGUGGAGCAAUUAGGGUGAAUCCAUGGGACAUUGAUUCUGUCGCCGAGGCUAUAAAUAUGGCAAUCACCACACCUAUUGCAGAAAAGCAACUACGCCAUGAGAAACACUAUCGUUAUGUCAGUUCUCAUGAUGUGGCAUAUUGGGCUCGCAGCUUCAUGCAGGACUUGGAGAGAGCUUGCAAGGAUCACUAUGAUAAACGUUGUUGGGGCAUUGGUUUAGGCCUGGGUUUCAGAGUUAUUGCACUUUCACCAAGUUUCAGGAAGUUGUCAGUUGAUCACAUUGUCUCAGCAUACAAGAGGACAAGCAGAAGAGCAAUCUUUCUUGACUAUGAUGGCACUGUUGUACCCGAAUCCUCAAUUGUUAAAUCUCCGAGUCCUGAACUGGUCAGUGUGCUCAAUGCCCUCUGCAGUGAUCCUAACAACACUGUGUUUAUUGUUAGUGGGAGAGGAAGGUCUUCACUAUGUGAAUGGCUUGCUCCUUGUGAAAAACUUGGCCUGGCUGCUGAACAUGGGUAUUUUAUUAGAUUUAACAAAAAUGAGGACUGGGAAUCAUUAGCUGCUGAUCUUGACUGGAAGGACAUUGUGGAACCUAUUAUGAAACUUUACACCGAAGCAACUGAUGGAUCCUGUAUGGAGAUUAAAGAAAGUGCAUUGGUGUGGCAUCAUCAGGAUGCAGACCCCGACUUUGGCUCCUGUCAAGCCAAGGAACUCUUGGAUCAUUUGGAAAAUGUUCUUGCCAAUGAACCAGCUGUUGUGCGACGAGGGCAACAUAUUGUAGAAGUUAAACCCCAAGGUGUGACAAAGGGAUCAGUUGCUCAGAAGGUGCUUUCCAUGAUGGUCGACAACAAGGCACCUGAUUUUGUAAUGUGUAUCGGAGAUGACAGGUCCGACGAAGAUAUGUUUGAGAGCAUAUUGAGUACAUCCUCUUAUCCAUCACUUCCUGCUGCAUACCCGGAGAUCUUCGCUUGCACCGUGGGACAGAAGCCGAGCAAGGCCAAGUAUUAUCUGGAUGAUGCCACUGAUGUCCUGAGACUCCUCCAUGGACUUGCCAACGCAUCUACUCCAAAGCCCCAUCAAAGUGUGCACUUUCAAGUCACCUUUGAUAGUGCAUGCUGA